GUUUACGACCAUUCACAGAAAUCGCGUAUACGAAAUGACAAAAGAGUGAUAGUUUGGAUAGGUCUUUUAUGGUUGUUUACUUCAAAAUUCUUAGUGAAAAAUUAUACGUACUUAUGGGAUUUUAUGAAUUAUUAAUAUAUCACGAGAUAAAUCAUGUUACGUUCAAGGAUCGUACCGAUCUUGCGAACAGGUCCAUACAGAUUUUCGGUAAUAUCAUGUAACCUCCAUUCCAGUGUUACUCGCAGUCGGAAGAGAGAAUCCCGAAGAAGCGAUUGCGAGCAGCAGACUGUCGCGAUAAUCCUUUGCGGCUGCGGUGCACUCGAUGGCACAGAAAUAUCGGAAUCCAUUUCUGCCACUAUUCACUGCUGUCAAAAAGAUCUCAGACUAAAAUUCUUCGCCCCUAACAUUGACAUAUGCGGAGUAACCGAUCAUCUCACGAAGGAACUGGAUUCAUGCGGAGUGCCAAGAAAUGCCUUGGUGGAGGGUGCACGGUUAGCAAGAUCAAAAAUCAGCUCCCUAUGCGAGUGCAAGGCUUGCGAAGCAGAUGCACUGAUAAUCCCAGGUGGUUUCGGUGCAGCAAGAACCUUGAGCGACUUCGCAUCGAAAGGCGAGGAUUGCACGCUGCUGCCGGAUCUCGAGAGGGUCAUUGAGGAAUUCAGUUGCGAUAAAAAGCCAAUCGGCACUAUUUGCAUCGCCGCGGCACUCGUGGCGAAGGUUCUUCAAGGAGUGAAAAUCACUCUUGGCAAGGAUAAACCAAAGGAAAUGUGGCCGUACGCUGCAGCCAUACCGAAGGUUAAAAAAAUGGGUGCGAAGAUCGAGAUGAAGGACGUGAGACAAUUCACUCGUUGCAAGAAGUACAAUGUCUUUAGUACACCCGCCUGGAUGUACAAAGGGACAUAUAGCGAUAUUCACGAAGGAAUUGGAAAGAUGGUAACAGCUAUGAAAAAAAGUAUGAAGUGAAUAGAAAUUUUGGGACGAU